AGUGGGCAGGGUCUCAUUGAGCCCGGAAGGCAGUAGGAGGCUGGGCACCCAGCAUGCGGAUGCGGGAGCGGGAGCCCGGUGGGCGCGGCCGCGAGAGCUGCUGACUGCGUCGUGGGAUCCGGAGCCGGUGGCGGCGCGCGGAGCAGCCCUCUCUAUAGCCUGGAAAAAAUGACAGAUCUCGUAGCUGUUUGGGACGUAGCACUGAGUGACGGAGUCCACAAGAUUGAAUUUGAGCAUGGGACCACGUCAGGCAAACGAGUUGUGUACGUGGAUGGGAAGGAAGAGAUAAGAAGAGAGUGGAUGUUCAAAUUGGUGGGCAAAGAGACCUUCUGUGUUGGAGCUGCAAAGACCAAAGCCACCAUAAAUAUAGAUGCCAUCAGUGGCUUCGCCUAUGAGUACACGCUGGAAAUCGACGGGAAGAGCCUCAAGAAGUACAUGGAGAACAGAUCAAAGACCACCAACACCUGGGUGUUGCACUUGGAUGGCGAGGAACUGAGAGUUGUUUUGGAAAAAGACACUAUGGACGUAUGGUGCAAUGGUCAGAAAAUGGAGACGGCGGGCGAGUUUGUAGAUGAUGGAACUGAAACACACUUCAGCAUUGGGGACCACGACUGUUACAUCAAAGCCGUCAGCAGCGGGAAGAGGAGAGAGGGGAUCAUCCAUACACUCGUUGUGGAUAAUAGGGAGAUCCCAGAGCUUACUCAGUGACACCUUCUGAGUGAGUUCUGAGCUGAAGAGGUGACCUCAGGACUCGCCGGACGGCUGUGGUAAUUAAAUGUGUCAAUAUGUACAUAUUGGUAGAUUUAGUCUGCAAUGUUUUUAUUUUUAUCUUUUGUUACUUGAAACUGUAAUAUUCCAAUGGUCAAAAAAAAUAGACUCAUAAAAAUUUAUUUUUUAACUAAUGUAAAAUGUUUCUAAUUCAAAUGGAAAAUAAAAUGUGAACCAAACCACUAACAUCUCACAGUAGAAACCUUGACUGUAGUGAACACUGUAAAUAAAAUGGUGCUGCUGGCUGUGC